CAUGGCCUCUCUAAGGUUUCUCUCUGGCUAUAGUCUAUACUUGUGUUUUUAUGAUCCAGUCGCAUCUGGUCGCAUCCAGUUCGAGUCGUGUUUUGUACGCUUGAUGUUACGGUCGUUACGAACGUGACGGUACACCCAAUAACGCCAGGCCGAGACGUGCAGGCACUGAAACUACCGGAAGUCGUGGUAGUAAACUACCGAACAUCCUUCCCUCGUCGCAAGAAAAAAGGCACAAAGAACCGGAAAACGACGCGAUGGCUAGUCUGAGGCAGACUCCACUGACGUGCAGCGGACACACGAGACCUGUAGUCCACCUCGCCUUUUCCGACGUCACUGAAUCCGGAUACUAUCUCAUCUCGGCGUGCAAAGAUGGCAAACCUAUGUUGCGGCAAGGUGACACCGGAGAUUGGAUUGGUACGUUUGAAGGACAUAAAGGAGCAGUUUGGGGUGUAGCAUUAAAUCCACAGGCUACUCGAGCUGCAACUGGUGCAGCAGAUUUUAAUGCCAAAGUCUGGGAUGCAAUUAAAGGAGAAGAAGUUCAUUCUUUUCAACACAAUCAUAUAGUUAAAUCUGUCAACUUUAGUACUGAUUCUAAUCAUUUGUGUACUGGUUCUAAUGAAAAACUUGUACGCAUUUAUGACCUUAAUAAACCAGAAACAGAUCCACAGAUUUUCUCAGGUCACACAAGUGGUAUUAGGCAUGUCACUUUCUUCAACAAUAACUCUGCCUUAAUUACCUGUGCAGACGAUAAGACACUGAGGGUAUGGGAUAGAAACAGUGGACAAGAGAUUAAGAGACUAGAUUUUCCAGCGAUUCCUAGUUCCAUGGAGGUUUCAAAAGAUGGAAACAUUAUUACCACUACUCACUCUAAUAUUGUUUCCUUUUGGAAUAGCAAAGAACUAACUAAGAUAAAAGAAUUUAUGGUCCCAACUCAAGUUAAUAGUGCCAGCCUACAUCCGGAUUGUACUAUUUUUGUUUGUGGUGGGGAAGACUUUAAAAUGUACAAAUUUGACUACAGUACAGGAACGGAACUAGAAUCAUUUAAGGGACACUUUGGACCUGUACAUUGCGUACGCUUUUCACCGGAUGGUGAAUUGUACGCUAGCGGAUCUGAAGAUGGUACUUUGAGAUUAUGGCAAACCAUAGUCGGGAAAAACUACGGAUUAUGGCGCUGCAUAGAACAGACUUCUACAAUACAAGAAAAUACCGCCAUGAUUAAUAACAAACAAGAAGUUUCUGCCAGUUAAACUUGAAUCUUAGAAAAGAAAAUCUUUAGAAGUUUUCAGAAAGCCUAAAAGCAGAUAGCUCAUAUUAAAUUGGAUGAAUAUUCUGUAAAUGAAAUGCGUCGAACAUUUGUUGUUUAGGCUGUCGUAAAUUUUUGUAAAUAACUCAUCUUUAGAAAGAAAUUGCUCACCCCUCUCUUUCUCCACUGUGGCCUUUAUUUCCAAAACUAAAAGUAAGAGAACCAAUUCCCAGAGCUAUUUAUAUUACACAGAAAAAGCAACAAUAAAAAAAGAAAUAUUAACAU